AUGAUGAAUUCAACAAUUAAUAUUACUUCAAAUUGUGAUAUAUCUCAUUCAAAUUUACCUAUUCUUGAUCUUAGUCAACGAAUAACAACAAUAAAUACAAAUUAUUCAAAUAUUAUUAUUGACGAUUGGACAAAUAAUUCUUCAUGUAAUUAUACAGAUACAAUUGAUAAUAAUGAUAUUCGAAUAGCUGAAACUAAAAAUGAUUUUAAUAUUGAACAAUCAUUAACUGAUCAAUAUCAAAAUAUUCCAAUAAACGAAGAUUUAAUGUCAGAUAAUUCAAAUAUAAAUAAAUCAAAACUUGAUUUUUAUAAUUCCAUUAAAAAAAUUAAUUCAUCAACAUCUCGAAUAAUUAUUCAUGAGCUUGAACCAUGUUUUAAUUCUUCUCCUUUAUCAUUAUCAAAUUUUCUUUGGUCAAAAUAUUUUUCAAUUAUUAAUGAACGAUCAGUUUCUGAUGAAUUUUUUGAUCAUUAUUUAACAUCAAUUAAUUCAGGUUUUGAAAUUCAUAUGAAACUUGAAUAUUGUUAUGAUAUACAACGUGAUCUAUAUUGGUUAACACAAAUACAAUUAGUUUCUCAUAGUUUAAUUCUUUUACAUUAUAUUGGAAUACCAGAAGAUGAUACAUCAAAUGAUUUUUGGGCUUAUAUUUAUGGACAACGUUGUCAUCCAAUUGGUUGGUGUAAAGAAAAUAGUAAAUUAAUGUUACCACCACCAAUUGUUACCAAACGAGCUAUUCAACAAACAACAAUAAAUGCAAAUACACUUACUAAUGGAAAUAUUAAAGGAGAAAAUGAAGAGUUACAAACACCAUCGGAAUAUUUAUUUGAUAAAAAUAUUGGUCUUAAUCCUGUUGAACAAUUAAAAUGUGGUAUGUUACUUGAAUUACAAGAUAUAGAUCGUCCAUGGACAGUAUGGUUUGUUCGAAUAAUAAACAAUCGAGGUGGACGAUUACAUUUACAAUAUGUUAUUAAUACAACAGAUGAAGAAGAUGCAAAUUUAUCUUCUUCUGAUAUUCAUAUAUUUUAUCUUGAUUGGCGUGUUCAUUUUAUUGGUUGGACUUCAAAUAAUUCAUCAGUUUAUUUUUAUGAUAUUCCAACAUGUAUAAAAUUAACAUCUAUUAAUAAACAAACAAUUAUUGAUAUGUGUUUAAUUCAAUCAAAAAAACAAUUUCUUCCAUUAAAUUUAUUUAAAGAUCAAGAAGAAAUUCGUCAACAUCGUUUUACAGAAGGUAUGAAAUUAGAAGUAUUCGAUACUAAAACACAAAAUAUUUAUGUUGGCAAAAUUGGUCAUAUACAUAAUGAAUAUUAUUUUGAUAUAAUUAUUGAUAAUGAAAAUCAAUAUUCAUUUAUUGCACAUGCUACUCAUCCAUAUAUAUUACCAGCACAUUGGGCUACUGAACAUAGAUUUGCAUUAAUGAAAGGUAAAGGUAUUCGUCAAUCUGAAGAUUAUUGGAAUUUAUAUACAGAAAAAAAUCAUAUCAAUGAUUUAGCAUCUGAACGUUGUUUUAAUUUAAUAACAUUAAAUUCUAAUGGAAAUAAUCGUGUUGAACCAGGAAUGAAAAUGGAAAUGAUUUAUACAUUAAAUAAUAAUGAUUAUGUUUUAUCUGUAACACUUAUUCAUGUUGUUGAUCAUCUUAUGUGGUUAAGAAUUGAUAAUACUAGUUUAUUUAAUGAUGAUUAUUUAUUUUAUCAUGUUUUACCAAUUAAUUCUUUAGAUGCUUUUCCUGUUGGAUGGGCAAAAUUCAAUGGUUUUAAUUUAUUAACACCGAUUGAAUAUAAAGUUGAAACAAAAACUUACGAACAAAAUCGAUAUGAUAUAUUCUCAUCAGUAACUCGUUAUCCAAAAAUUCCUCGAGUAUAUUUAAAUGAAAUCUAUCAAUUAACAUUAUAUGUAAAUAUUCGAUGUUUUUCUGGUCCUCAUUUUUGUUCAUCUCGUCUUUCACGUAUACCAUCUCAAUUUGGGCCUGGGCCUUAUCGUCAUGUUCUUAUUGAUAUGUUUCAUCAUCUUCUGUCAGCAUCAUCAACAUCAACAAAUACUCUUCGAGCUUUGCGUCGACUUGAACAUACAUCAAAUUGUGAUUCGACAUCAAAUUUUAAAACUGAAUAUAUAAAAGCCGCAAAAAAAUCUUCAAAAUUAAUACGUCCUAUAUCAUUACCAACAAAUCCUUAUUUAGUCUAUCACUACAUUCGUCAUAUAUGUACACAAUUAGAAGCAUGUCCAAACUUUAUCAGUAUGAAACGUAUUGAAACUAAUUGUUCAGAUAAAUGUCAUGUAUUAAUAAAUACUUUCGCUCUUUCAAUUCAUUCUAAACAUAAACGAACUCAACUUCGUGUUGCUCAAAAUCGACAACGUAGACAAAAGUCUUUAUUAUGUCAUUUGAAACCAAAUACAGUUUCUCCAACUGUUUCUACAAAUGCUGUAGAAGACUCAUCAUCAAUAGAUUGUUCACAAGAAACUCUGUCUAAUGAUAUUUCUUCAGUAAUAACACCAAUACCUGGAAGUGAUCGUAAAACACGUGGUUUUCGUCUUCAUAUUGAACCACGAACACAUACUGUAACAAGAACAAAUAAAAAACAAAAAGUAACAUCAACAGUUACAAUUAAACAAGAAUUAAUUGAUCAUAAUAGCAUUAAAAGUGAACCUUCAUCAUCAAUAGAAAUUCCAAUUAAAGAAUUAAAACCUUCUCGUAUAGGAAGAAAUAAACGUUCAUUAUCACCAUUAGUAACAAUGAAUAUUUUACCGAAUCCAUGUUCUCCUUUGAAUAAAAAUAAGAAAAAACGACGUUCGCCACAAACUGUUAAUGGUAUUGAUUCUUCUUGUUCGAAUAUAAUUAUUCCAAAAAUAGAAAUUCAACAAUCAAUAUCAUCAAUUAUACAAUCAUCAAUUCCAAUUCCACCAAUUGAUACACGAAAUCCGAUUACAUGGAAUGUUAAUGAUGUUUGCUCAUAUUUACAUCAAUCUGGAUGUUCAUUUGCAUUAAAAACUAUUAAAGAACAAGAAAUUGAUGGUGCUGCUCUUCUUCUUCUUGAUGAUUUACCUAAAGUUCAAGAUUUACUUGAAUUUAAAUUAGGUCCAGCUGUUAAAUUUUGUCAUGUUGUUGAACAACUUCGUACACAAGUCAUUGAUACAUUUCAUUCAUCGCCAUCAUUAAAAACUUCACGUUUAUCAACGACAAACACAUCUUGA